AUGCUGGGUAAUAGUGAACAUGUACAACAGAUCACCAUGUCGAGUAAUAGUGAACAUGUAAAACAGAUCACCAUGCUGGGUAAUAGUGAACAUGUACAACGGAUUACCAUGUUGGGUAAUAGUGAACAUGUAAAACAGAUCACCAUGUCGAGUAAUAGUGAACAUGUACAACGGAUCACCAUGCUGGGUAAUAGUGAACAUGUACAACGGAUUACCAUGUUGGGUAAUAGUGAACAUGUACAACGGAUUACCAUGCUGGGUAAUAGUGAACAUGUAAAACAGAUCACCAUGCUGGGUAAUAGUGAACAUGUACAACAGAUCACCAUAUCGAGUAAUAGUGAACAUGUACAACGGAUUACCAUGCUGGGUAAUAGUGAACAUGUACAACGGAUUACCAUGCUGGGUAAUAGUGAACAUGUACAACGGAUCACCAUGUCGAGUAAUAGUGAACAUUUACAACGGAUUACCAUGCUGGGUAAUAGUGAGCAUUUGACGGAUGCGAAUUUGUCUUCCAAUCACGACUGUGUUCACCGAAUGACCAUCAAGCCCGAUCGUGUGGCAGAGCGGUACCAUUAG